UGUAUUUUAAUGUCAUUGUGAGUGUUAUGUUUCUGUCAUUUUGGCAUAAAAAGUUGGAUUAUGUGGAUUCUGUAGAAGCUUUUCUUUCUGUAUUCUUUUUUCAAUGAUGUAGCUCUGCGUUUCAUGCUAGUUUUGGUCAAAUUUCAUCAUAUUCUUAAUUGCUGCUGAACUGGUGCAUCCUGAGAAGUGGGAGGAUUUUGAGGCUACUUUUUUUAGAGCUUGCCUGUAAGCUUUCAAGCAACAAUUUGAAGAUUAUUGGUUUUGUUUUGCCUUUGUGAGAUGGGAAAUUCUGUUUGAAGUAUUAAGGAAGUUAAGAUGAAAUCUCUAAGUAGUGUAGGACUUGGUUUGAGUGUGAUUUUUGGGUGCCUUUUCUUGGCGCUUGUUGCUGAGCUUUACUACCUGUUAUGGUGGAAGAAGAGGUUCACUGACAGAGAAGUUGAAACUGAUUACAGUAGCCCAGCUAGAGAGCUAUUUUACAUGUUUUGUUGGAAAAGUUCAUCUUCUUUAACCCGCACAGCUCUGAAUCCUCAAGAUCUAAGUUCAUCAGUUAAUAUGCACACAAACAAUGAUUUCUUGCUGAAACCCUUUGGAGAAGAUGGGAUAGAAACAGAGUUUAUGAGGCUCCAAAGCCUCUCAGGGCCACCAAGAUUCCUCUUCACCAUAAUAGAAGAAACCAAGGAAGAUUUAGAGUCUGAAGAUAAGAAUGGAAAGGAAUCAAAAAGUAGAAGCUUGAGUGAUCUGCUUCUUGCUGUGGAAACUCCAUAUUUGACUCCUUUAGCUUCUCCAACUCUUUUCACACCUCCUCUUACUCCUGCAGAUUCUUAUAAGCCCCAUGGAUUCAACCCUCUCUUUGAAUCAGUAUCAGAUGCAGAGUUUAACAAGAUAAGGUCAUCUCCUCCUCCAAAGUUCAAAUUCCUACAGGAAGCUGAGGAGAAACUCAAGAGGAAAUUACAGGAAGAAGCUGAGAAAUGUGUUCAUAAUAACACCAUUGAACCUGUUGAAGAUUCAAGAACUAAAGCAACCAUGCAGAAGCUACUUCAAGAUGAGGAGGAUAAAUCUUAUAUUACAAUCGUCGUUGACAGAAACCAAGAUUUGGAGCUGAAUCAGUAUCAUUCAAGCAGUUCUUCACAGCUUUUGAAGUGUUUUAAGGGUAAGAGAGUCUGUAUUCUAAUCUGCCAUAAAAAUUUGCUGGACAACAUUCUCUGGGAGGUGGGCCUAAUGCAAGUGGAUGAAUGGACUUGUGGGAAGCUUGUUUUAUUCAAUCUCCAUGUCUCCUAAGCAUGUCUGAUACCUAUAAAUCCUCCAUGAACUAUGAACUAUGAACAAAUCCACACUACAAAACCAUGAAAGAGCGCAUCAUGUAAA